CCACACGGACAGGUAAGGCAGACGAACACGACGUGACUCGUAAACAAAACUCUGGUUUAACCACAAUCCGACAGAGAUAUGAAAAACACUACUUAAAGCAACAGACCAUUCGUAGUUAACUCAAAAUUUAAACAGUUUGUCUUGUUCUUUUAUUUUGACGACAAACAUGGAGGAUUAAAUACACGCGUCGUGUUUCAAAACUAGCGCUUGCUUGCUAACUUAAGUUACCUUGAGCUGUCAAUAUACAGCAGCUUAAAGAGCUCAGAUUUCCUUGAAUUCGUGUUAUAGCUUUAGUGCGAAGAUUUUCUCUCUAUUAUUCCUAAUUCAUAAAGAAAGGCAAACAUUGUAACAAUUAAAUUUGAAAUACUGGUUUAGACCAAGCACGUGUGUUAUACAGUACUACUGACUCUUCCAAGACAGACACUCAUGAUGUUUAGCUUCUUAGGAUUCAAGAAGGAUGGAGCAAAAAAGUCAUCUGAGAGAGAAACUGAUGGGUUUGUACUUAUAGGUGAAACUCUGGAGGAGCAGCGACAGAAGAUACAGAGCUUGAACAUUGUGCAGCCAGCAACAAAUGUAAUUGUUCAGCCAUCUAAAUCAUCCACUGCUGGGAACAGAGGAACCACAGAGAUGGCUCAGGCUUCCCUCCAGCCAACAACAGCUAAGGCAUCCUCAGAGACUCACAAUACAGACGUCCCCCCUGCCCUGCCUGAACUUCUAGGGGAUAUACCCUUCACCUUAGCACCACAUAUCCUGGCCAUGCAGAUGGGUCUACCACUUGUUCCAGAUAUUGCCCUCCCUCAUGACAUGAGCGACAAGCUGGACAACUUUCGUUAUGACUUUACGUUGGAGAACUCUGUGCUUUGUGAGCCUUGACUCGGUUAUAUCAGUUUAUCACUUGCGGUGAACUAUGGCCAUUUGAAUGACAGGAUAUUCCUUAACCGUUGCCUUUUCCCAAGUAAAUGAAGUUUUGUUUUGCUGGUUAUAAGGGGGUGGGGCUCAAGAUAGGAUAUUGUCCAUUUUGUUUAAAUUAGUGAAGUUAGUCAAAAUGGUUUACAGUCUCUCAGGAUGUUACACUUGUGUGAAGACACUAGGUGAGUAUUUAUAAGAUGAAUCAUUUUUUUUAAACAUAAUGCAGAUUUUAUGGGUGCAGUUCUGUAUUUCGACACUGCUUGGUCCUGUAGCAUAAGACAAUAUGCUGAAAUGAUUUUGAAACUACUAUGGUGUUUAGUAGUUGCAUUUGAUGUUUAAAACGUCAGCCUUCUUUGGCCUUCUUUUUACUUGCUAAUAAUCAGACACUUAAAUAUGUAUCAUAAUCAUAUGUAUAUAUAAUAAUAGUAAGUAUUAUAAAGUGCAGAUAAUGUACAAAGACUAAUAGUUAUUUUUCUUCACAAAUUACGAUUGGGAACUAUGCCCUUUUUGUCAGUCCACAAAUUUUACAGUGAAUUACUAAUCACUAAAAAGUUCAUUAGCAUCGCCAAACAAAUUACAAAACAUAGGUACUGGUUUCAAACGGGUUUCCCCAAACACUCCCUAUUUACCAAAAUGAGAAAUGUUUUAAUAAUACCACAAAUCCAAAUAGGAUCUCCAUACGGUCAGCAUAAUGAGAGCUUGUCUGUCUGUUCAUGUUAAAUUUGGAUUAAAUAAUCAUAUUUAAUAAGUAACUGCAUGUAGUUUGCGAGAGAGACACUGCAAUGUUCGGUACAAAGAUGCUAACAUGGCAAAAAUGUUUCUUUGAUUGAUUUGCAUAGGAACAUUGUUGCAUAUCUUGACUGAGUUGUUUGGUUUAAAUGCAUGACGUUUAGAGGGUCUUAUAUUAACAACAGCACCCAAUUCUGAACAAUGUGUGAUUAUUGCUUUUCAUUUGAAUUUAGUCAUUGGGUUUUAUCAUGCAUGCUGCUAUUUACACAAUGCACUCAGGUGUUUCGUUUUUUUUUUCUUUUUGUAUUCCCUUCACAUCAUCUGUACCCUACUUAGUGGAUACAUCUAUUAAUUAGAUAUCACAUUUAAACGUAUUUUUGCUUAUUUGUGAAACCACACACGUUUAUUUACUUUGUUUAGUUUGAUAUGGUUUCCUCAUUUGAGUUCAUCCUACAAAUUGUACUGAACAGUAAACAUGUAAGUAAGCACUUGUGUAAAAUAUUUAAAAUCACUUCUUCAGGUAAAUAUCCUGUCAAAAAUUUAUCUUCAUGGGAUCUCUUUAAUGCAAGGUCCUUCGUACUGAUUUGCAUCUGGAACAAAAAUCCACAUUUUCUGUUUAUGGCGUUUAUGCUAAAUCCGGAGCAUGAACAAAAUGUAAUAUGUUAAUUAAACUGUAAUUUGAUUAAAAUAAUAUGUUGCAAUUUGCUUUCA